AUGGCGAGCCGCACGUUAGUCCCAUUCCUGGUCACGAUGAUGCUCGUGACCGGGGUUUGCAAUACAAUUUUGAAUAAAUACCAGGACAUGCAAUGUGUUCGAAACUGCGAUUCUCCCGAUCCUACUCAGCGGAAGAUGUUUGAGCAGCCAGUAAUUCAGACAGCGCAGAUGUUUGUCGGCGAGAUGGGCUGCUGGCUAGUCCUCGGUUUAUCGAUUCUUUAUCAGCGAUUCAUUGCUCCCCGUUUGUCACGCGACCAGUCCCCUCUUUUGGCGGGUGGCUACCGUCCUAUCCGCGGCGAGGAUGGCGGCCUAGAGGACGACGAGCACACGAUUGAUGAGAAUGGCAUGGAGCGCAGAAACUCAAUCAAAUCUGUGAUGGAUGAUGAAGGCCGUAUUCCACUGCGUGGAUGGAAGAUUCUCCUUUUGGCUGCGCCAUCCUGCUGCGAUAUUGCAGGAACUACACUGAUGAAUGUGGGCUUGCUCUUCGUCGCAGCGAGUAUUUACCAGAUGACCCGAGGAACCCUCGUGCUUUUCGUCGGACUUUUCAGUGUAAUCUUCCUUCGACGAAAGCUGUACUUGUACCAGUGGAGUGCACUUUUCAUUGUCGUUCUUGGUGUUGCACUUGUCGGUCUUGCCGGUGCUCUUUUCAGCGGUCACUCGGGCCACGACCUCACGCGAGAUGAUGGUAUUUCCUCAUCUGCAGUUGCAGGGACCCCGGAGGCUGUAAAGGCUGUCAUUGGAGUGCUAUUGAUUGCCGGUGGCCAAAUCUUUACUGCCUCGCAAUUCGUGCUGGAGGAGUGGAUCCUUGAGAACUACGCCAUGGACCCUAUCGAGGUUGUCGGAUGGGAAGGAGUAUUUGGUUUCUCAGUGACCUUUACCUGCAUGUGCAUUAUGUACUUGGCCGUUGGACGCACCGAGGCAGGCCAGUACGGCUAUUUCGACAUGAAGGAAGGCUGGCAGCAGAUGACGUCCAACCGUGCUGUGGCGAUGGCCAGUAUCUUGAUCAUGUUCAGCAUUGGAGGGUUCAAUUUCUUCGGUCUCUCUGUAACACGCACCGUCUCCGCUACAUCCCGCAGCACCAUCGACACCUGCCGCACUUUGUUCAUCUGGCUCGUCUCUUUGGGACUGGGCUGGGAGUCUUUCAAAUGGCUUCAGGUCGUUGGUUUUGCAUGCCUCGUUUACGGUACAUUUCUUUUCAACGAUAUCAUCCGUCCUCCGCUCAAGGCCUGUCUCCCCGGUGGUGAGCCUAGAGACCACGAGGAAUUACUUCCAGAGGAACCGAUUGAGCAUAUUUAG